AGUACUAGCGCUACUAGCACUCGUCACGGUCAGGUAUCCUGCCAGCCAGAACCACAACCACCACAUCGUUAUCGAGGGCUGGUACCAUCAUCUGGUAUCCGCAAGACCACACAAUCAACUUACUAUGGAUAUUUCUACACAACCUACUUCUCCUGUACUGACCAACAGGUCUUAUCUACGCCAUGCACGACUGGUUCUCACUUGUAUCUCGAUUGGAGCAAAUGCCAUCUUUGCAGGAGGAGUCUUCACUUUCGCACUAAUGUCACCGGCUUUAGUGACUCACCUCAAGCUCACACAACCUCAGCUCACGACGAUAGCGCUGGCUGGAAUGAUGGGGCAGUAUCCAUUUGCCGCCGUCGUGGGCAAGAUAGUCGAUCGUUUUGGCCCCUGGGCUUGCUCCCUCAUAUCUGCUUGCCUGUUCUCAACGGGAUAUGGCAUGUUCUCGUGGGAGAUAGCGAAGACCCCUGACGACAUAACUCAGCCUUCCGCUAGUUCAUUCCAUCGUCUUACAGGGUUCUUCUUUAUGGCCGGUCUCGCAACAGUCUUCUCAUAUUUCUCGUCGGUAUUUGCAGCGUCUAAGAACUUCCCAAACUAUAUAGGAAUCGCUUCCGGAACCAGCAUGGCAUUAUUUGGAUUAUCUCCUAUGUUCUUAUCUAUCAUAGCGUCGAGAUUCUUUUCGUAUGAGGACUCGGGUCUCGACGUAACUAGUUUCCUCAGAUUCCUGGCUAUCACCUGCGGAUGCGUUCAUGUUUUUGGAGCCAUGACUUUACGGAUACCUGAUCUCGCUGACAAUACGAGGCUGCAAUUAACAGUGGAGGACACUGAGGAACAAGCUGAUGUUGAUGAACGCACUGCCCUUCUUCAAGCCCCCCACAAAUCUAUCCCCGGAGUAGAAGUCCAAGUGGUUCCAGUUGAAGUAAAUGGUUCUGCUUUGGAUUUACUUAAGGAUCGGAACUUUUGGUUAUUGGCCUUCGUUGUUUUUGUUAUUCUUGGAUCGAGCGAGAUGAUCAUUUCCAAUAUUGGAACUAUUGUCCUUUCUCUCCCAUCAGCUAAAGGGACUCCAGUUAUCACCCGGGUACCUUCGGCAGACAUCAUGACAUCUACACAAGUUAGACUUC